AUGAUCAAAUCAGCAAAAGACGAUUUUCAGAUUGAUGUAAGGGAUCAAGAAGAAUGGGAAAACGUAUUAUCAAACGAUGGCUUAAAAGUCAUUGACAUUUACCAAGAAUGGUGUGGCCCUUGUCAGUCAACUGUUCCAUUAUUUAGAAAAAUUAAGGAGGAAAAUGAGGAAGAUAAAAUUUACUUCGUAACUGCAAAUGCUGAUUCGGUUGAUUGUCUUGUAAAAUAUCGAGGAAGAUCUGAACCUUAUUUCCUAUUAUAUGGAGAUCAAUCACUCGUCGCUGUAGUCAAGGGUUCUAAUUGUCCUGCCUUAAGGGAAACAAUUUUAGAAAUGAUAAAACAGGAACGUGCUGUUAAAGCCGGUGAAAUAACUCGUGUAGAAAUCGAAGAUCCAUAUUUGCGGAUACUCGAAGAAGAGCUAGCUGCUGAAAUAAAGCGAAAGAAGCUUCAAAGAGAAAUUGACCAGGAGUGUUGUCCACUUAUUUUUCAUCCUGAUUUAAACCCCGAAAUCGUCGAUGAUAUUAUUGACAUGCUUAAAGAUGCUCAAUUUGAAAUUUUAAAAGAUGAAACCAUAACACUGGAUCCAACAGUGGUUAAUGAGUCCCUCAAUGAUGAAAACAUUGAAUCAGAUUUCAUAAACCAAAUCAAUGGUCUUACAAACGACACACUUCGUUGUGUCAUUGUAGCUAAAGGUCCUGAAGGUGUUCUUGACGAAAUCAAUAAAUUUAUCGGACCAAGGGAUGUUGAGGAAGUCAGCGAGGAUGAAAAUUUCGAAAGCAUAAGGGACAAAUUUGGAAAUGGUAAAUCGGAUUCUUGUGUCACUGUGCCUGAUUCGAAAGAAAUUGGUGAAAAGUUCCUAAACAUGAUAUUCCCUGAUUUUUCGCCUCCAAAGAUGAUCAUCUAUGCUAAGGAGCCAGAAAUGAAUCAUCUAAGCAUUAUAUCUAAAAGAAGUCUCAUAAAGACAGGAGAAAAUAUUUUAUCAGAUACAACAGCUUCUACAUUGCCUGAAUAUAAUGGCCCACCUCGCGUUAUUGUUCUAGUGAAGCCACCCGCAUACGAAUCCUAUAGAAAUUCUGUUGUUUCCGAUUUGGAAUCUAACGGCUUUAAGGUGCUCUCUACCAAGGAUUACACGUUUAGUGAAAACGAAGCCAAAGAAUUUUACGCUGAAUUCGAGUCCUUUUCUUACUAUGAAUCUCUCAUAUCUUCUAUGACUUCCGGACCCACCUUCGUUAUCAUGGCUUGUCGUGAGAAUGCGUAUAACAAACUCAAGAGUAUGCUGGGUCCCGAGUCUUAUUCACAGGCAUCAAAGGAAAAUCCCGAUUGCCUUCGGGCAAAAUAUUCUUAUCCUUCGAACGGGGAAGACAAAGAGGACGACCUAACGUGGAUCGAUGGCACUGUUACGGAGGCCAGCACUGAGGAUAUAAUGAGCAAAUUUUUCCCAGUCGAGGAAACUUUCGCUCUACUCAAGCCAGAUAGUAGACCAGCGUGGGAAGAUAUCCUUGAAGAUAUCAAUAAAAAUGGCUUCAAAAUUGAAGAUAGGCAAGAGAUUGAGCUUACGCCCGACGAUGUUAAAGUUAUUUACGCAAUGUGCAUUGAUAAGGUCUAUUUUGACGACCUUCUUCGACAAAUGACCAGGUUUGUUGGUUUAAUUAUAACCGAUUUCUUUAGUGGAGCAUCCUUGGCGCUGAUUUUGAAGGCUCAAGACGCUGUCAAGAAGUGGUCAAGGUUGAUAGGUCCUACAGAUCCUGAUAGUGCUGUGGAUAGUUAUCCGGACAAUCUCCGAGCGACAUAUGGGAUAUCCUACUUGGAAAAUGCGGUUCAUGGGAGCUCAAAUCUGGAAGAUGCGAAAAAGUGUAUCAAGCUAAUAUUUGGUAAUACUGAGACCGAAGUUAGCCGUGGGUUAUCAGAUGUUGAAAACAAUGUUAGUGACGUAGAGGAUGUUGUAGCCUCACAACAAUCCCAUCAAGUGGAAUCGGAAUUUAGUCAAGAAAAGAGCGAGGAGAUAUCUCUCAGAGAAUCUAAAACGAUGCAACCUACUGAGAUUAUUUCAGAGGCUGAAGGUCAACCAGCUAUAGAUGCUGAGGUCGAAGAGGAUAAGGCGUCUGAGGAAAACUCCCAACGAGUUUCUGAAUUGAAGGAAAAGCUGUCUUCGCCAAAACACUCCGAAUCUAGGAAUUCCAAUAACAGGAGGUCCACGUCCCGCAGGACCUCCAAGCUCACCUUGAAAAGCAAGUCUCAUGAUCUUAUUUUUUUCUUUUGCCUUUAA